AGCUAUCUGUAAGAACGUUUACCUAUCAAGCGUAACUGACUACAGAAUUCAGUAAAAUAGAUGUAUCUGAAGUCGUAGCAAGUUCAUAGUAGCUAAUGAUGAAAGCAGCUGUAAAUGCAUCAAUCUUCUCUCAGAUUUCGACUGCAUAUUGGUAGCACGAUCCUCUUCUUGUCACCGUGUUGGCUAAACGUAUCGGCACGUUGUCAACCGCUUGUUUGAGUGCCAGGCUAGCUAUCGGUAACAUCUGCUAGCCAGCAAGCUAGCUGACAAUAACAACGGCGGACACCCAGCCAAACAAUGGCCAGCCUAUCCCAACUCGUGAUAGAUUAUGUUUUACGUUAACUAACGAAGCCCGUGCUUUAGCACUGAUAAAAUAACGAGGUUUGUUGCAUCUUGUUGUUUACGACAGCUAGCUUGUCGUAAGCUUGGUUGUGCACGAAACGGGUAGAAACGUAAAGCCCACUACUCUGGACGAACAUAUUGUACCUACUGUACUAGGUAACCUAGCUAACAUCUCUGCUAUGAUGUAGCUACUGUGUUAGUCAGGAGACACGGCUGUGUUUUAUAUUCUAGCUGGAACAGCUGAACUAGAAAUACCAUCGCUGGCACAGGGGCGUGUGUGUGUGUCUCGGACGGUGAGGGGCGGGAGGGCUUUGACUCCACGCCGACUAGUGCGAGGUCUGCUGCGGUUAUUUCUGUCUAGCAGGUGCGGCGGUCAAAUGCCACACAGCGCCUGUUGGGUUUUAUCUUUCACUCUGAAGUUGACUAGGUCCUGGUGACGUGUACACGGUGCUGAACGUACGCUGUUAUUACCGGAGAGAGAGGACAGCUGAGACGUGGAGACUGACCCUGAAAUUUACGGGAAGGUGACUGUGUGUAAAGGCUGACCUCUGAACCAGGAAGUGAUGGACUUCCGUGGUGGCAGGAGGCGGGGCGAGGACAGCAUUGCCAUGGUGAUAGACUUCCUGCUGGCCAAUGCCCGGCUGGUGCUGGGAGUGGGUGGAGCCGCCAUCCUGGGGAUCGCUACGCUGGCUGUCAAACGGCUCAUAGAGCGUGCAGGCAGUGCAGCAGAGGAUGAGAAGGUGGAGCAGAAGAUGACAGAGAGUUGGGAGGAGCUUAGCUUAGGCCCCACCCCCUCCAGAAAGAGUCUGGAAGACGUGGUCCUGAAGCAUGUCUCCACGGCAACCAGGCAGCAGAAAGGAUACCUGUGCCAGCAGCAGAAGUCCAUCUUGGAGUGUGUGACCCCACCCGGCCAGGAUGAGCUGGGGACUAAACUCAGUAGAAUGCAGUUGUGUGCUCCCCUGUCUCUGCAGGAGCGGCUGCAGCAGUACUACAGCAGCAGGGUAGUGGUGAGUCCAGAGGAGGUGCUGUGGGCCCAGCGUCUGUGUGUGGACAUCUGCACAGAGAUCCAGGGCUUCCUGCUGUCCACACACCCAGACAUGCCCCUGGGGGAGUUCAGCCUGGGGGGGGCCCUGCUAGACGACUUGGAGGCGGUGCGUGUGGACCAUGUGUGUGUGCUGGUGCCGCUGCGUGUGGAAGCCGGGCUGUGGAGCCUGGUUCCUGGGGAGCAGACUCUUCUCAAACAGCCCCUCUCCUGGAUGGUCCGCCGCACCAACCUGGAGUACUUCCCCCGGGGACGCAGUUACUGGGACAGGUUCCUGGUGGGCGGGUACCUGUCGUCGGAGGCGCUAGUAAACAUGCUCAGUAAGGUUGUGAUGGAGACCAUGAACUGGCCGUCUCUUAGCAACAGUCUGGACUGCCUGGUGCGGCCGGUGCUGGGGGGCCCAGAGCUCAAGCUGGAGGUCAGCCCUGCCCCAGGCUGCUGCGUGUCGGGGGGAGGGGAGCCCCUGUUCGUGUCCCUGCUGCCGGUGCUGAGGCAGGAUGACGUGGUGCUGUGUGCCCAGCCGGGGCUCACCCUGCCCUGGCCGUCCGCCUGGCGCCUGUCCCUCUACCCCUGGGAGACCCAGCGGCUGGCGCAGCUCGACGGCCAGGAUGCAGGCGUCCGCGGCCGACUGCUGAAGACCCUGAAGGCCGUGUGCAGGCUGAACCCCAUCCUGCGGCCCCUGACCUCCGCCCCACUGGCCAACCUCAUCCUGCACCUCAGCGACAAGGAGCCUGAUUGGUCGGUGGGGGCUCUGGAGGGGCGGUUCCGGCAGUGUGUGGAGGAGCUGAUUGGCUACCUGGAGCAGGGGGCGGUGCCCAGCUACUUCAAGGCGGGGGUGAACGUUCUGGGAGGCGUGUCGGAGGAGCAGGUGGAUCAGAUGGGCUUCUUACUGUACUGUGCUUUGUCUGACCCUGGCAUCCUGCUUAUCUGACACACACACACACACCCUACACACACACGCUAUACACACACCAAACACUCUAUACACACAUCAUACACACACACUAUACACAUACACACCACUGUGCCCUGUCUCACCCUGGGAUCCUGCUCCUAUAAGAUCCUGCUACUCUGACACACCAGUUUUAUAUAUAUAUAUAUAUACAUACACACAUUCAAAUCAUAUCCUCUCGCUCAUACACCUACACACUCCAAAGCC